CCAGGUGCCGUCAACAGGAAGUCCUUAAAAGAGAUCUUUGCCAAGUUCUCAACAUGUUAGUCUUGCACUACGAUGUCCAUACUUGUUGGGUUGAUUGAGGUCGACAUCCUCCCCCAUCUUGACUUUUGUUGUGCUUCAUUUUUUCAAAUCUUCUUUUUGGGUGGAACUCUAGCAGAGCUUUCUUUCAUCUUUUCAAAAUUAAUAUCUGAAAAAAAAAAAAACCCUAAUAACUUGUCAUCGUAUUAUAUGAAAAAGUUAAUUUCAAUUAAUAAACCACAAUGUGACUUAUAUUUCAUGUCAGCCGGACCAAAAAAAGUCACACUCCAAGUGUUUCCUUCUCCUGCUUCCAACACAUUUCAGCAGAUGGGAAGAAAAUACCCUUUCUCCCAAUAGCAUAACCCAUAGAUUAGAUUUUAGCAUUGGGCGUAUGGCAUGAGUUUCUGCUCUUUUUCAGAGUUCAGACCAACUAAAAAAUUUCAUUAUUCAUUUCCUAAUUUGUUAUCAAACAAACAUUGGCGGUGAGUGGUUUUUUGAGGGUUUUCGUUGUCGUUUUGCACAUCUGAAAUCAGGUUUCAACAAUGGCGGAAACAAGCUCAGCAAAGGUACAGAAAUUCUUCGAGGACCUGGAAUCCCACAAGGCUAUCCUCACCACCUGCACCAACCUCUUCGCCGCCCUCUCACACCGCUUCACCUCCCUCGACACCUCCCUCCACCAAAAAUCCCAAUCCCUCGAUUCCAAGCUCCAAUCUCUCCAAUCCCGCUCCCACCAAACCCUCGAAGAACUCCGCCACCGCGACUCCUCCAUCCCCGAGCGCGAGUCCGCCGGCAAGGAAUCCGCAUCCCUCAGGGCGGAGAUAUCCGCCUCCAUAUCCGAGGCCGUGGACCCCCCAAGGCUGGUCCUCGACGCCGUCGAAGAAUUCCUGAAUUGCAAGCUGGCUAAGUCUGGCGUCACCGAUAAGAGAUGGGCCUGCGGGAUCCUGAUUCAGGCUCUCUUUCCGGAAUCUGGUGCCGGAGCAAAGCGUCCGGAGUUUUCUCGGCGGAUUGUGGAGAGGGCGGUGGGGCUGGUGGAGCUGUGGAAGAGGCAGAUGGACGAGGAAUCGGAGAAUGGAACUGUUGGUGCUGCGGAGGUGGUGAUGUUUCUGCAGAUGGUGGUGUGUUUUGGACUGAGGUCUAUGUUCGAUGAUGACUAUUUGAGGAAGUUCGUUAUGGAGUUUGCGUCCAGAAGGGACAUGGCUAAGCUUGCUGCCAUGUUGGAAUUCGGUGACAAGAUGAUAGAUAUAAUAGAUGAACUAGUAAAAAAUGGCAAAGAGGUAGAAGCUGUUUAUUUUGCUUCAGAAUCUGGUUUGACUGAAAGGUUUCCUCCAGUCGACCUGCUCAAGUCCUGUCUUCGGAACUACAAGAAGAAUGCUGCUAUAACGUCGAAGAAGGGAAAUAACAAUCAGGCUGCUACGGAUGAUUCAACCACUUUGGAGUUGAAUACAAUUAAGGCCAUAAUCAAAUGUGUAGAAGAUCACAAGCUGGAAUCAGAAUUCAACCUCGAUAAUUUGAGGAAGCGGGUUACACAGUUGGAGAAAACAAAGGCUGAAAGGAAGAAGAGCGCAACAGCUGGUAAACCUAAGAAGCGCAGCAUCCGUGCUGGAGGAGCGGGUUCUUCCCGUCCAUCCAAAUCAGCCAAAUUCCAUCCGCAUCCAUCCUCGUCUUCCAGUCGCAGGAACCUGGCACCUUCUCUGCAGCCUAGUCCCAAUGCCAGAUUUUCAAGCGCAUUCAACUAUCCCAGUCAGACUGUAUAUGAUGCCUCAGCUACUGCUAAUCCUUAUGCUGCAACCUAUGGAGCUGCCCACACUCAAAGCCCCGCUGGGAUGACCCAACAGCAUUACUCACUCCCCGUUGACAAUUUGGGUCCACCCGGCUACCGAUCCAGCACUGCUUAUGUAGCACAGUCUAGCUACGGCAUGUAUGAUUAUGGAAAUGCCACUCUAUCCACUUAUCAACCUCCAUACACAGUGGAUCAAUCUAGCUACAGGGGAUGAGUUUUCUUUGCUUCCUCCUGCUCUUGAAUCUUGUCGUCAGUUCCUUAGAAAAUGGAGAAAAAAGCAGCUGCCUUUUUUUUUGCCUCUUAAUUUUUCCGUUUCCUUUUGGGAAUUUAGGUUGUAAUUGGUAAUCACAGAGCAAUUAAGUCAAGGUAGGUUCCUCACCAUUCCUGUAUCUUUUCUACUAUUUUUAUACUAUCUACUGGUCCUUGCCGUUUUGAAUGCAUGGCGGAAGUAGCUUCUGAAAACAUGAGUAAAAAGAUUACUUGUGCUUUUAAUCUUUAAUCACAAUGGCAUGCCUUUUUAUC